CUUUGGGUGUGAAAGGUGGGUGGCCACGGUAAUCGCACCGGUAGGUCGAAGGCACAGCGCAGACUUUGAUAGCCAAUGCGACCGGUCAUCAGAACCCAGCAAAGCUAUUAUGAAGCUCCACAAAAUCCUUUCGCACCAAGCAAAUGACCAACAUGGGCGGUAGCAAGUGGCAAGCAUAAUCUGGAAUCCAAAUCCUCGAAGUACAGAAGACGAUGGCGUCGACCACUACCAGUACCGUCUCCAAUAGAAAGCCGUCCAAGAGACGGUAUCAGAACAUCCCUGGUCAAGAGGCUGGUGCAGUGGGUACGGAAGAUGAAGCUCCCCUGUCACUUACAACAUCAUCAGUUGAAGAACAUGGCGAAGAAUCUCGAGAUUUGAAUGUACAUACCGCAAACAUCUCGAACGAAAUGUCCAUUGACGACGCUAUCGAUCGCCUAGGCAUGGGUAUUUUUCAGUACCGAAUCUUGAUCGCUGCUGGGCUGUGUUUUGCAGCCGAUGCGAUGGAGGUUCUGUUGCUAUCAUUUUUGUCGAUUGUCUUGCAGGAAGAGUGGGGUUUGAGCAAUGAUGAAACUGCGUUCAUCACCUCCAUAUUAUUCGCGGGAGCAUUGAUCGGAACAUCCAUCCUUGGUCCACUUUCUGACAAGUGGGGUAGACGUCCCGUUUUUCUCCUAGCGGCAACUCUGAUUGCUUUUUUCGGGAUGGGCACGUCUUUGGCCCCAAAUUAUGAAGCCAUUCUUGUGGUCUUCUUUUGUAUUGGAUUUGGAGUUGGAGGACUCACUGUUCCAUUUGACACCCUGGCCGAGUUUUUGCCUUCGGAAGGCCGUGGUACAAACUUGCUCCUUAUUGAAUAUUUCUGGACCAUUGGGUGCCUUUUGGUGAUCGUCUUUGCUGAGUUGACCCUGGCCCAUGGAAAGGCCAACUGGAGACUAUUUGUCAUCUUGUGCUCAAUCCCAUGCUUCGUCUCCAUUAUUGUUGGACACCUUUGUGUACCUGAGAGCGUGCGGUGGCUAGUCAGUGAAGGGAGAAAUGAAGAAGCAUUGCAUAUAUUGAGACAAGCCGCCGUCACAAACAAGCUCACUGCCACAACUCCACUGACCCAAGACGACAGUAACGGUGAAGACGACAAUUCUCAUGUGGAUGAUGUGGACUUAAUAUUUCCCUUGGACACACAACUGACGAGCGACGAGGACCACAGUGCGGAAAACUCAGCUUCCUUCUUGGAUCUUUUCAAGCCGCAAUGGCGUGGCAUCAUGCUGAGAAUCUGGGGAGCAUGGGGCGGCUUUGGUCUUGGAUAUUAUGGAGCCAUAAUGAGCAUCACCCGUAUUUUCGAUUCGGAAGGAGCCGGGGAGGAUGUCUGGACCAACUCUACCCUUCUAGAUGCCAAUGCUACUCUUGGUGGUGAGACAGAUCACCUUCAAGUCACGGAGACGACAGACUUCGAUUAUUCGGCCAUUUUCAUCAGCAGUUCUGCAGAACUUCUGGGCACCACCCUUGUCAUUGUUUUGGUGGACCGUGUGGGUAGGAUUCCAUCUCAGGUUGUCUGCUACGCGGGGGCAGGAGCCUGCAUCUUCCUCAUGUGCACGCUGGCAUCCAGCGCCGACACUGCAGCUACUGCUGCCAGUGACCGCUGGGAACUGGUUGGGUUGGGUUUCCUGCUUCGAGCCUUGGACAUGGCGGCGACUUGUACAUCAUGGGUGAUGACAGCAGAAGUGUUGAGCACGGAAAUUCGUGGAGUUGGACACUCGAGUGCAAACGCCGUAGCCAGGCUCGGGGCUUUCUUUUCUCCCUUUCUGGUUGAUACCCUUUCGUUGCGAUCGUUGGGAAUUGUGAUGCUGAUUGUGCACUGGUUCGCAGCAGCUUGUGUCUCCCAGCUUCCUGAAACCAAAGGAGCACGAAUGGGCGGUGGGGGUGAGACCGAAACCAUUUCCAGUCUUCAACUUGUUGAAACCACAGAUCGAUUGGCACACCAUAACCACGACGCCGCAGACGGUCCUGCAUCAAGUGAACCAGAUGGGCUCUUUGUGAUUGACGACGAGAACGGCGACGAGCCCAUUACGCAUGGAAACGGACCAGAGAUACGGAUCCUAACUUAAGAUCUGGAGUUUUGCGACUACCUACUACCUAAUAGUAGCCUACUGAAUGUAGCUGGAAAGAUGGAUCGGACGCA